CUUUUCUAUACACGCGCGAUUUCGGAGCGGAGGCAAUGUUUAAUUGUGUACUUAUUUUUCUGUUUUUGAAAACAACCAAUUUACGAUAGAAUUUUGGUCUUGCUUAUCGUGAAGCAGUUUGAUGUUGUUGUCUUUACUUAGGCGACAGUUUUCUUCCCCAAUUGAAUAGUAUUUGUUGUAAUUUCUUUGCUUGAAGCGGACGUAAGCAUCAUCAUGUUGAUCGAAAAAGUGCAUGGCCUGCAGGCUACAAGCAUGUCGCUAAACGAUCGUUUUACUUUACUGGCGUCUGCGGCGCCAGAUCGGACCAUUAGACAGCAACCUCGAAGGCGUCUCAGUACCGGAUCUGUGUACAACCAAAACUUCAAUGCAAGGAAUAGGCAACUCAUUGAACAAAUUGCUCGUAGUUUGGAGUGGCAGAGGAAGAGGCAAGCUUUGCGCCAAAGGAUUGGCCAAGCGGGUCGCCUCCAGAGAUUUGGCAGCGAGAGCAGUCUGCCUGGACUGCGGAGGUCCAACAGCUAUGGCAACCUGAGUCAGAACUUCCAGAGUGUGAAAAGCAGGCUUUCCUGGAGACAGUCUAAUGGAAAUCUUAGUCGAUCGGCGUCAUACGGCAACUUGAACCAGAACAGAUGGCGCGGGCCCAUGCGCGGCUUCCGGCGGCGCGGCGGCGGGCAGCGGGCGCUGCGCGGGCGCUUCUGGGGCGCUCGCGGCGGCCGGAACUCCAGCGGGCGCGUGCGCAGGGCGCCGCGGGGGGGCGCCGCGCGCGGCAGGGGGAAUGGCAUCGUUCGCAGUCAGACUCCGAAGCCGGUGCCCAGCAAAGAGGAAUUGGAUGCUCAAUUAGACCAAUACAUGGCCGGCAGCAAGUCGGCCCUGGACAAGGAACUAGAGGAGUACAUGAAGAGUGCCAUGGAGUUGGACAGUGCGGUGUGAAGUGUUUGUUUGUUUGCACAGUGUGAGAGUAUAAACAAUAGUGGAAAAAUGCAGUUGCAAAUGUUACAUACAUACAUAAAAUCACGCCUCUUUCCCGAAGGGGUAGACAGAGACUACCUCUUUCCACUUGCCACGAUCUCUGCAUACUUCCUUCGCUUCAUCCACAUUCAUAACUCUUCAUGCAAGCUCGGCGGUUUCGGGUACUUUUGAUCUUGCAAAUGUUACUUUUAAAGAUAAAACACCUUGUAAUAAAUACAUACAUAUGGUCACGUCUAUAUCCGUUGCGGGGUAGACAGAGCUAACAGUCUUGAAAAGACCGAAUGGCCAUGUUCAGCUAUUUAGCUUAAUGAUAGAAUUGAGAUUCAAGUAGUGACAGGUUACUAGCACAUCGCCUAAAAAAGAAUCCCAAGUUUGUAAGCUUAGUCGCCUUUAACGUCAUCCAUGGGAAAGAGAUGGAGUGGUCCUAUUCUUUCUUUUUUAUUGGUGCCGGGAACCUCUUCAAAAUCCCGGCGGAGGGGAACAGGAGAUAUCUUCCUCAUGGCGUUAGUCCCGGUUGCAUCCUCACCACUCUGGAGAGGAGCUCGGGGUGUGCCUUUGACUAUGGACCCUGGAUUGUGUCCGUCAGGUUUUAACACGAAGCGACCAUCUGAUCGCCACAAUCUUUGCAGGGGAACCUUGCUUGAAGAUCAUGGUAAAAGCUAGCCAGCAUAAGAUCAUAGUUUUGACUAUGAUCUUAUACUGGUAAGGUUCCCAG